AUGUCGGAAGCGGCUGUAGGAGGAAUUGUCCUAGCCAUCCCCGGCAUCAUCGAUCUUUGUUUGAAAUAUGGCCACUUCUUGAAGCAGAAGAUCGAAACCUAUCGGCACAUGCAAGAAAUUGCGAGGCUUGAUCACUUCAUAGUCGAGCUCGUCCAAGGCGAACUGCACAUACUUCUCACCUUUUUCUAUUCAUUACAUGGAACUCAGCCACUCGAGGAUCAGACACGAACACUCUUUGAACAGCUUCGACUUCUGCUCGAAAGGAUUGUCGCUCAAUUCUCUGUCUCGGACCCCAGUGUUUGGGUCAAGAUCAAAUUCUCUUUUCAUGGUAGGAAAUCUCUGGACAAUGCAUGUGGAGAGCUGGAGCAAUGGUAUAUACGGUUUCUCAGGCGUGCUGUAGUCUUUCUUGUCUUUGGAGGGCCUGGGACAACAGCAACUGGAUCUGCCGCCAUGGGCCAUUCUCAAGUCUUGAGCCGAGUUCAACGCAUCCGAAGAGCAAUCCUCGACCCAGUGCCAGAAUCAAUAAUGACAAAACUCCAGCUUGACGCCUUUGAGAGCAGUGUCAUAUUACGAAAGCUAGACAGAUCUAGUGUCUAUGCAUCAGACGUUGGGUCAGAGCUAGUGGAGUAUCGUACGUACGAUGCCCGCGCACCUCCCGGAGAAAUUAAGGCAACCCGGUCACUGAUUCGAGACUUCGCUGCUGCGCUCCACGAGAGCGAUCCUUCAACAAUGGGCUUGCUUCGUUGUAAUGGAUUUUCAGCGGAGCCAGUGUACAACAGAUUCGCUCUCCGCUUCCAAUACCCUGUCGGAAAGACUGGCCCCCAUACUCUCGAGCAUCUUCUCACCCAUGCAUCAAAUCAGUCUCCUGGAAUCCGCCACUCCUUGAGUGACCGAAUAGCACUCGUGCGGAAGCUUGCAUCGGCCGUUCUAUACGUCCAUAGCUGUGGUUUUGUGCAUAAGAACAUCCGCCCGGGAAACAUUCUCAUUUUCGACACCAUCGCACCAGAAGGCACAAAUCCGGCGAAAACGGCUUUUCCCAAUGUAGUCGGUGAGCCAUUUCUCGUUGGGUUUGACAGCGUACGCAAAGCUGCAGCUGCAUCCAGCAUGAUCCGGGUCGAAGAAUGGAGAAAGAACAUCUACCUUCACCCUGACCGGCACCGAAUGGCACAAGGCGACGAAUUUACCAUGCGCCACGACAUAUACAGCCUCGGUGUAGUACUUCUCGAAAUUUCGCUUUGGGAUACGUUCACAAAUAAGGAGACCGGAAUCGGCAAGUAUCUUUGGGAAAAGCGUGAAGGUGGACAGGUGCUGCGUACACCGGAAGUUCUUCAAGCUAGAUACCUCGAAAUUGCAAGGUCUCAGGUGCCGCGAGUCUUCGGGAACAAAUACCGAGACGUGGUGAUCUCCUGUUUAGAAGGGUUAAAAAAUGAAGAGGAAGCAAAUUACUAUUUCAGGCAAAUAGAAAUGCAAUUCUCAAGCACAGCCACGGAACUUGCUGCUGCUGCCUGGCGCACCGUUGUUAUUGCGGAUGUCAUCGCACCUUCACUCUUCGGAACCAGUGCACCACAUCGCCGCUUCCGAUAUACCUUCACCAAUACAACAACAGCUUGUGUCAUCGAUCUCUUUUGUUUGUUGGACAUCUACUGCUAA